AUGGUCAAGUUUAUUUCCAACCUAAAACUAUUGAAGGCGGCGACUGUCAGACAAGCCUAUGCAUCCACACAGUCUGGUCGGGAGCGGUCCCCAAUGGCGGCGACUGUCAGACAAGCCUAUGCAUCCACACAGUCUGGUCGGGAGCGGUCCCCAAUGGCGGCGACUGUCAGACAAGCCUAUGCAUCCACACAGUCUGGUCGGGAGCGGUCCCCAAUGGCGGCGACUGUCAGACAAGCCUGCGCAUCCACACAGUCUGGUCGGGAGCGGUCCCCAAUGGCGGCGACUGUCAGACAAGCCUCUGCAUCCACACAGUCUGGUCGGGAGCGGUCCCCAAUGGCGGCGACUGUCAGACAAGCCUAUGCAUCCACACAGUCUGGUCGGGAGCGGUCCCCAAUGGCGGCGACUGUCAGACAAGCCUAUGCAUCCACACAGUCUGGUCGGGAGCGGUCCCCAAUGGCGGCGACUGUCAGACAAGCCUAUGCAUCCACACAGUCUGGUCGGGAGCGGUCCCCAAUGGCGGCGACUGUCAGACAAGCCUAUGCAUCCACACUGUCUGUUCGGGAGCGGUCCCCAAUGGCGGCGACUGUCAGACAAGCCUAUGCAUCCACACAGUCUGGUCGGGAGCGGUCCCCAAUGGCGGCGACUGUCAGACAAGCCUAUGCAUCCACACAGUCUGUUCGGGAGCGGUCCCCAAUGGCGGCGACUGUCAGACAAGCCUAUGCAUCCACACAGUCUGUUCGGGAGCGGUCCCCAAUGGCGGCGACUGUCAGACAAGCCUAUGCAUCCACACAGUCUGUUCGGGAGCGGUCCCCAAUGGCGGCGACUGUCAGACAAGCCUAUGCAUCCACACAGUCUGUUCGGGAGCGGUCCCCAUAG